CCUUUACCCCCAAUAAAUUUAAAAUUUUAAUUAAUUCCCCAUAAUCUUUUGAUAGAUUUGCACAAAAGCCCUUUUCUCUCGUGACGUGUCCCUACCCUCUCACACACCAUUUUCCGUUCUCUUUUGUUUCUCUCUCUAUAAAUACAGCUCCGUGCUUCACUCCUUUCUCUCUCACGCACUCACACACUGUAAGAGCUUACAUUGUCCCCAUUUGAUCACAGCUUAAAAAGCCCUAGUUUCCGGAACAUUCCAUUGAUAAACACUGAAACACGCAAAUAAGUGCAGAGUCGGCGUCGACGGCGACGGUGGUGGUGUUGGUGGAGGCGGAAGUAUUUCUGAGGAGAGGUGGUUGUGCUGUAUGUCAGUGGAUUACUGUAGAAACUUUUGCGGUGGAUUUGGAUUGGAAGAGUUAGCGAAUCAGUUACAAUGGCCACAGCUACGAAAACGGCGACGUCACUGGCUCCGCCUUCCUCCGCCGGAGAGUCCUCUGACGUCAUCGUGCGACGGCAGCCGGGUGCUACUCCUUCUCCGUUGCAGAACUGGAGCGAAGAUCAUCAGACAGGGAAGAAGGCAGCCGCGGUGGUUCGCUCUGAGCCAUCGACAAAUGCAACAACCAAAGGUAUUCAGGUCCCACUAAGAGCCCAAACCUGUCAUCCUUUGGAUCCUUUAACCGCUGCUGAAAUAUCCAUUGCUGUAGCAACUGUUCGUGCUGCUGGUGCAACUCCUGAGCUUAGAGAUAGUAUGCGAUUCAUUGAAGUGGUGCUCCUGGAACCAGAAAAACAUGUAGUUGCUCUAGCAGAUGCGUACUUCUUCCCCCCAUUCCAACCAUCUCUACUUCCCAGAACAAAAGGAACACCUGCUGUUCCCAGUAAGCUACCACCAAGGCAAGCUAGGCUAGUUGUUUACAACAAAAAGUCAAAUGAGACUAGUGUAUGGAUUGUUCAGCUUACUGAGGUGCAUGCUACAACUCGAGGUGGACACCAUAGGGGAAAGGUUAUCUCUUCAACAGUUAUUCCAGACGUCCAGCCACCUAUGGAUGCUGUUGAGUACGCUGAGUGUGAAGCAGUUGUAAAAGAUUAUCCUCCCUUCAUUGAAGCAAUGAAGAAGAGGGGUAUCGAUGACAUGGAUCUUGUUAUGGUAGAUGCCUGGUGUGUUGGUUAUCACAGCGAUGCCGAUGCUCCAGGCCGAAGACUUGCUAAACCACUGAUAUUCUGUCGGACAGAGAGUGAUUGCCCCAUGGAGAAUGGUUAUGCACGACCUGUUGAAGGAAUUCACGUGCUUGUUGACAUGCAAAAUAUGGUUGUGAUUGAAUUUGAAGACCGUAAACUAGUUCCCUUACCUCCAGCUGAUCCUCUGAGGAAUUAUACUCCUGGCGAGACAAGAGGGGGUGUUGAUCGCAGCGAUGUGAAACCUCUACUAAUCACUCAGCCUGAGGGUCCAAGCUUCCGUGUGAAUGGACAUUACGUGGAGUGGCAAAAGUGGAACUUUCGUGUUGGCUUUACACCGAGGGAGGGCUUAGUUAUACAUUCUGUUGCCUAUGUUGAUGGUAGUCGUGGAAGAAGACCCAUUGCUCAUCGAUUAAGUUUUGUGGAGAUGGUUGUGCCUUAUGGGGAUCCCAAUGAUCCGCAUUACAGAAAGAAUGCAUUUGACGCUGGAGAGGAUGGUCUCGGGAAGAAUGCUCAUUCUCUGAAAAAGGGAUGUGAUUGCUUAGGGUUUAUAAAGUACUUUGAUGCCCAUUUCACAAAUUUUACUGGAGGAGUUGAAACCAUUGAAAAUUGCGUUUGCUUGCAUGAAGAAGACCAUGGAAUCUUGUGGAAGCACCAAGACUGGAGAACAGGCCUAGCAGAAGUUCGAAGGUCAAGGCGGCUUACAGUUUCCUUUAUAUGCACUGUGGCUAAUUAUGAAUAUGGGUUUUAUUGGCAUUUUUACCAGGACGGAAAAAUUGAGGCAGAAGUUAAACUUACUGGAAUUCUCAGUUUAGGGGCACUUCAACCUGGAGAAUCUCGAAAAUAUGGCACUAACAUUGCGCCAGGAUUAUAUGCUCCUGUUCAUCAACAUUUUUUUGUUGCUCGUAUGGAUAUGGCAGUUGAUUGCAAACCUGGUGAAGCUUACAAUCAGGUUGUUGAAUUGAAUGUAAAAGUUGAAGAACCUGGGAAAGAUAAUGUUCACAACAAUGCAUUUUAUGCAGAAGAAACAGUGCUUAGAUCUGAACUGGAAGCUAUGCGAGAUGUUGAUCCUUUCUCCGCUCGCCAUUGGAUUGUAAGGAACACCAGAACAGUAAAUAGGACCGGACAACCAACGGGUUACAAACUAGUUCCUGGUUCUAACUGUUUACCCCUGGCUGGUCCUGAGGCUAAGUUCUUGCGAAGGGCUGCAUUUUUGAAGCACAAUUUAUGGGUUACCCAAUAUGCACGUGGAGAGGACUUUCCUGGUGGAGAAUUUCCUAACCAGAAUCCUCGUGUUGGAGAGGGAUUGGCUUCUUGGGUUAAGCAAAAUCGCCCGUUGGAAGAGACUGAUAUUGUUCUGUGGUAUGUGUUUGGGAUUACUCAUGUUCCACGUCUGGAAGACUGGCCUGUUAUGCCCGUGGAGCGCCUUGGUUUCAUGCUUCAGCCUCAUGGAUUCUUCAAUUGCUCACCUGCGGUAGAUGUUCCGCCCGGUGCAUGUGAGGUCGACAGCAAAGACAACGAUGUCAAAGAAAGCAGUGUAAAGGCAAUCCCAGCCAGUAGUAUAAUGGCGAAACUCUGAUCAAAAUCUUUGGCACUGUCACUCCGAGGCCUCGUUGUUUGUCCCCUGGUAGUAAAUAAAUGGACUGGAAACUUUCCUUAUGUUUUGAAGCAGUGUAGAUUACUGUUUUUCUGUUUGGCGAACUUUUGAAAGCGUACUGUGUUACCCUUCAUAGAAUGGUGCUUUCAAUUUCCCAACAAAAGUAAAAAAUAAAAAAAAUUGUGGCUUGUUUCAUUUUCUUUUGCAUAAUGGAGAACGUGAGAACUGAGAGACGAAAAAUUCAUUUACCACAAAAAAUCCUCAACUUGGAACUCUGUAAAAUGAACUCUCCAGUCAUUCUUUUCAUCCCCCUUUAAAAUGUACCAGGUCCAAUUUUCCUCUCAUACUCCAGAAAGCAAUUUUAAAAGGAUACUAAUAAUUCCAGUUACUAUUGUUGUGUUUAUUUUCUAAUAAAAUCACUUUUCUUUUUUCCAAAAAG